ACUCCCCUCUACUGUGACUCUCCCUCUACCUCUUCCUCUCUCUCUCCCUCUCGAUCCUCUCUCUUCCUCUUUCUCUCUUUGGUUAUGUUUUUUUCUUUUACAUUAACUACAUAAUUCCUUUGAUCUUGCGCCAUCGGAGCCAAAUCUCAACCUAGUUCUUAAGGCCAAAGUGUAGUGCAACGGGUGGAGGUCGAAAUCAUGCGACGUCAAAAAAUUGGGUCUUUGUUUUUUCCCUCUUGAAGUUUUGUGGCAAAAUACUUAUUUACACAGUAGUAGUCGCAAUCACGACCAAUUGCUCGAUCAAAACAGAGAACUCACUCAUGGAGAAGAAGAGAAAGAAGAAUCAACCCGGCGAAGGAAACGACACAGUAUCAUCACCAUCACCAUCACCAUCACCAUCACCAUCACCAUCACCGUCACCGUCACCAUGGCAGGCCUUUCUGGUGCAUCUGAUAUGCGGAUUAGGGCUUGCGUCAGCACUAUGGAUAGCCCACAAAGUCUACUCCACCAAUCUCAUUUCAGAUCCUUCUCAAACCCUCCGUCUGAUCUGGAUUAUUGAGGCUCCGAUUGUGAUUCUGCUUUUCAGUAUUUUCCGGAAAAAUCCAAAGGAAUGCUCGUAUUGGAAAGCUGUAGGACGAGGAUUAUUGGGGCUUCCUGCUGGGGCAGUAGUGAAUGCGCUUGGAGCUAUUGCUUUGGGAGCACCUGUUGGUGUUAAGUAUGUGAAAUGAGGGGUCCAUCGAAUGUGUUUCUGUUAUAUUGUUUUUGAAAACUGAAGUCAUAGUGGGGGUUAGAAGGAAUAUGAUUUUGCCUCGUCCUUUCCAAUAAACAAAACAACUCUUUUGUCGUUGAUGGCCGACAGGUGCAUA